CCGUGGUAUGAAACGAUUGCCGCACAGGCGCUCUACCUGCUUAGAUUAGGGAAUAAAGCCAUGGGGGUGAUGAAGGCCGGACACAGCUUCACGAUCGAACCGAUGAUCAACGAGGGUGUCUGGAAGGACAUUCAGUGGCAGGACGAGUGGACAGCGGCCACAGCCGAUGGAAAGCGUUCGGCGCAGUUUGAGCAGACUCUGCUGGUCACUGAAAGUGGCUGCGAAAUUCUGACCGCACGAACCAGUCGAAACGGUCAGCCGUAUUUCAUGGACAGUGGAAUGUAG